AUGUAUGCUACCCGGGCUCUCCAGGCCUUCCGGCCUACACUUCGCCUGAUGCGACCUGUUCCUAAGGAAGAACAAGCCGCACAUACCAUCACGCAGAGACUGCGCCGGCUGCGCAAGAUACCUGCUGAGCUUAUUCCCCUUGGUGUCGUCGUCGGUUUUGCCGUCUUUGCUGCCGGUUACUCGUCCGUCCGCCAUUUCUUUGUUGACGGCACCAUCCGCCUGAAGCGCCAGAACCGUGCCGCCGAGCACGUUGCAGAGGCCGAACACCACUAA